GUUUCCGUUUGAGCCGCUUGCCCCGCGCCGCGCUUGUCGUCCUUUUUCCGCGGGUUGGAUCAGCUUUUUCAGCGAAGAGUGGAUUCGGCUCUUCGUUUCAUUGGGCUAUAUCAGUCGCCAUGUCGUACAAUUAUGCCGCUGCAUAUGGGACCUCCUAUGGUCAAUAUGCUGCUGCGCAACCAUCAUCUUACAGCACUCAAACGCCAGCAACAUCUGGAUAUGGACAUUAUGGUCAACAAGCUGCUUCAGGAUAUGGAACAUCAGGAUCCGCAACGACUGCUUCUACAACAGCUUCAAGUGUGAGCUCAUAUGCUGGAUAUGGCUCCACUGCUGCUGCUACUACAACGACAGCUCAAAGUACUUAUAACUUUGGGGGUUACGGUUACAAUUAUGGAACUGAUGCAACUUCUGGUUAUAGUGCUUCAACUGCCACUAAUGCAGCUUUGCAGGCUUUCCAGGUAACCAAGCAAUCUUGGUAUAGUAGUCCCAAUGCAUCAAGUGGUACGGCUGCAGCUCCUGCACAACAACAACAACAACAACAGCAGCAGCAAGCCGUAACAUCGUCACAAACAGCAAGUCAGCAACAAUAUGGACAGUACAUUCAACAAUACCAACAGCAAAUUUCAGCUUACCAGCAAUAUGUGGGAAAUACAGCAGGAUCAACUAAUCAACAACAACAACAGCAGCAACAACAAGGACUAUUCAAAACUCCCCAAGCUCUUGCCGCUAAACCUAAAACUGACACUCAGCAGCAGUCUACUGGUUGGGGGGCAUACAACCAACGUCAGUCUCCUUCAGCAAUUGCUACCAGGACUGACACUGCAAAAACAGGUUGGGGUGUUUAUCAACAACAACAACAGCAACAACAACAACCAGGCAUAGCAAGUCAACAAACAUCUUCUCUGACCAAUCAACAACAAAAACCAGCUGGACUAGUUUACAGAAGUCCAAUGAAAUAUUCGACUGACACACAGUAUGGAUCGACUCAGGGCUACACUGCCAAUCAAGCUUAUAAAUCACCAGCCGGAAACACGACACAGGCUGGAUAUGGCACUAGUAGUCCCAGCCAAGGUUAUGGCAGUUCUACUCAACAACAAGGAUAUGGAACCCAGCAAUCCCAAGGUUACGGAAAUAAUCAGCAGUCAUCAUAUUCAAGUCCCAGUCAAGGAGGUUACAAUGCAAACCAAGGAUACAAAAGCCAAUCAACUGGUUACCAGACUGGUGGAAACCAAGGAAACCAACAAACAUACAGUGGUAAUUACAAUCAAGGCAACAAUCAAGGAAAUUAUAACAGAGGAUAUGGACAAAGCCCGAAUAAUGCAAAUGGUAAUGUUGGGAUGAAUAACAACAUGCAAGGUGGGCAGAGAGGGGGCCCAGUUAGACCCCUGUUGACCCAACGCAGCCCAAUGGGAGGAGGGGGUGGAAACCAAAGUUAUGGUGGUAACAACCAAGGUCCUCGAGAUGGACCAGAUAUUCCACCGUUUCCAAGAGCGUGGCAUUCUCAGGAUGGAUAUGAGGGUCCACCAAGGCAGGAUAACUGGCAACAGCAGCGAAACUUUGGCGAACAACGAGAACAGCGUUGGGGAAGAGGAGGGGGAAAUAUUGGCGGUGGGGGAGGAAGAUUUGGAAAUCAGCAACAACAACAACAAACACCGCAACCCAGAGGAAUUUAUAGUAAUAACUCGAGGAAUGCAAGAGGUUCCUCAGGAUCAAACAGAGAACUAUGGAGCCCAGCAAACAAGAAGAGUGGAACGUCAAUGAUUAAUAAAAUGGACAAAGAUGUGAAAGAAGUCAAGAAAGAGUUCGGAGAAGUAAUCGACAAGGAAAAGCAUUCAGAAAUCAAGACCUUCUUGUAUGCAUGGCUUGGUGCUCGGAAACUGAGGCCGACUUAUGACAUCAGACAGAUUGGUGAAAGACCAAAUAUCUCCUUCAGAUGUGAUCUUAGAGUUGAUAAGUACAAUUUUGUCGGUGUUGGAAAAGCAGCAAACAAAAAAGAAGCGCAGACGACAGCAGCCUGGAAAUUUGCAGACUAUCUUGUUAGAAUGGGAGAAAUCAACAAUUCUGAGCUUCCCAACAAAAAUAUAAAAGUACCUGAUGACAAGGAGGGAGAUAUAGGAGACGUAAAAGAAGAAGCCGUUGAUGAUAUUCCUGAUGAGGAAAUUUUCGUACCUAAGAAGGACAACAACAUGACUAAUAGAAAUAGAAAAGGCGGUCGUGACAGAGAUCGUAGAAAUAAGCGUGGAAACUGGGGACCGGCUCCAAGACCACUCUUAGGAGGGGGUGGCGGUGGUGGAGAAAUUCGUCCUCUCAUGGCAUUACCAGUAGGACCUUCGUGGGAUGGACCAAUGGGACCUCCUCCUCCACAUCUGAUGAGAAUGCCUCACCCAGGAAUGAUGGAUUUCAGGCCACCAAUGUGGGAUGGGCCACCCAUGAUGGGGCCACCACAUCACAUGGGACCACCACACAUGCAUAUGAGACCGGGCAUGCCUCCACCUUUCAUGAGAAACAGACAAAAUGAUUUCUGGCGUAGAAGAGAUAUCGAAGAAAGAAUGAUGGAUAUGAGCAGAGGAAAUGACUGGGCUCACCCAGAAGAUAUGUUCAUUAGUCAAAUGAUAAGAAACCAACAAGAAGCUGAAAGAAAACGAGGAGGUUCCGGAGUCCCUCGUCCCAUCAUGCAACCUAUGGAAGCUAUGCCUGGAGAAUGGGAGCGUGUUCAACAGACUCGUCCUGUUAUCACAUCGGACGAUCGUCACAUGAUGACGAAACAUGCAGAGAUUUAUCCACAAGAGGGAGAAUUGAAAAAUCUUCACAGAAUUGUCAACACUGUCGAACAAGCUCUCAAACUUUUGUCAGAUAAAUUCGUCAACGAAGAUCAUCCUAAGGAAGAACCUAAAAAAGAAGAACCAGAAAAAAUGGAAAAAGAUGAAACAAAGAAGGAGGGAGAGGAAGAAAAGAAAGAAUCUCAAGAAGCGAUCGAGGAAAAGAAAGAAACAGAGGGAGAAACUAGUGUGGAAAAUAAAGAAGAGAAAAAAGAUGAGAGCGAGAAGAAAGAUGAAGAGGAAAAGAAGGAAGGAGAAGAAAAGAAAGAAGAAAAAAGAGCAAAAAUUAAAAUACUCAAAAGACCAAAGAAGACGCCCAAGCAGGUUGACACUCGUCCGAGAGUUCUCUGUGGAGUCAACAGGAUUGGACCUUUGGCUAAAGGACUUCUCAUCACCAAAGAUGAUCACGUUGAACUAGCUCUUCUCUGCGGAGAAAUACCGACUAUUAAAUUGUUGGACAGGAUUAUGGAACACAUUGAUGAAAAAUUAUUCACUGUUGAUGAAGAUUUCAAAUUAAACGUUAUAAAAAUGGAGGAGGAAGCCGGAUUUUUAAUCAAGAGUGUGGAAGAUACACCUGUCGAGGUUAUGGUCACUCUCACUGCUAUGGCUCUUCGAAAACCUGCUAAAAAGGAAGCAGAAACGAAAAAAGAAAGCAAAAAAGAUGAUGAGGAAAAUGAUAAUAAAGAAGAAAAAGAAACCACGACUGCAGAAGAGCCAGAUCCUGAGGGAAUGCUGCCCAAGGCUAAAAUGUUGGAAGCCCUCGCCUGUCUUCGUCACACUCAGUGGUUUCAGGCAAAAGCUUGCUCCAUUCAGUCCUGCGUCAUCUUAACAAGAAUUCUGAGGGAUUUGCAAAGAAGAGAUGAAAUGUGGAGUCACAUCGCUGAAUGGCCAUUGGAGGUCCUGAUAUACAGUUGUCUCAGUAGUUCUGAAGAGCAAAUGAGUCCUGGUGAUGCUUGUAGGAGAUUUUUUGAAGUACUUGCUGGAGGUUUAUUGUUACCAGGUAUGCCAGGAGUAGCAGAUCCAUGUGAAAAAGCCUCUCUUCAGCGUGAUGUUCUCGAUUGUCUUACUGUGCAACACAGAGAAGAAAUUACGACUGUUUCUCAGAAAUAUUUGAGACAGAUUGCUUUCAGAGAGAUUCAUUUUAUUCUUGGAAUGGAAAAGCUCUCACCCUCAUUUAAAAUGGACAAUCAUUCUAAUCAUCAGAACAAGUAUGGCAACAAGAAUCAAUCAACAGAUGUUAAACAGGAUGCUGAAGUCGAAAAAGAACGACCGGCAGAUGCCAAUAAUGCAAGAAAACGUAGGUUUGAACAUAAUGGCAAUGAUAGUGUUGCAGAAAGUCCGAAACGUUCUUUGACAGAUGAAGAAGACACGGACACACAGCAGAACUUGGCCGAAUUGUCAAUUUCAGACGAAGCAUCUGAAAAUCGAACAAGCGGUGGCGAUCAAACAGAAACAGACAAAGACCAGACACCAGCGGAAGAAGACUCGAAACAACCGAGUAAAGAAGAAGAAGAGGAUGUUAUGGAAACUGCUGAAGAUUCUGGUGAAAGAGAGUUGACUAAAGAAGAGGAAGAUGCAUUGUUAGAAGAGGAGAACAUGGAUACAUAAUGUUAGAUGAUUCGCUGUAUAAAUGUAGUUUGUUGUGCUUUGUAUAAAUUUCUCUGAUUAAGACCGACAUAAAUUGUGUUCUUUGAGCACAAUUGAUAACUAUUCUUGCUCAGUUGGGCUUCGUCGAAUCAUUCAAGUUGAUUGUCUGUAAAUAGUUUUCAGACCUGUGUCCAAACCGUUUUGCUGCUUCAUGUCUGACUGUUUUUGGCUUCAUUGAAAUUUCUUUUUUCGGAGAGACAUUUGUUUUUGAAAAUUUGACGUCAUUCAUUAAGAGGGGGGGUUGGGGGGGGGGACAUUUUUAUUAAAACCUAUUAACUUGGUAAGAAUGUUCUUAAAUUGUAUCACACUUUGGUUUUUUGCUGUACUUCAAAGAAAUAAUUGGCGUAUUAUGUCGAGAUCAACCUGGAAUUUUGUAUAAAUUAGUUCCUGCAAUAAAAAACUUGCAGAAUUAAACAAA